UAUGAAUGUCAAACUGUAGCAUGGUGGGUUGUGUGUUGCUGUAACCUACAGUAAAAAAAUGUCAGGGUACAGUUUAUUUAGGAUAGUCACGUUUACUAAAUGCAUCACAUCCAACGUGACAACGUCGCUGUGCAGGACAAACGUCUUAAACAAAAUACAGUCGUGCGGAUACGCGAAGAAACCCGUGGCCAAAGGGAAAGGUAAAACCAUGGUGAAAGAGGAGCUGAAAGGUCCAGAGGUGUGUAAAGACCCCGUCAGACUCACCUCGUAUGCAGUGGGGGUUAAUAUCUUUAAGGAAGGAGAAGACCCGCAGCUGAAGCCUCCUGAGCAAUACCCAGAGUGGUUGUUCCAGGUGAACCUGGGUGCGCCCAAAAAGCUGCAGGAGAUGGAGCAGGACGACUGGAAAUACUGGAGGCGUCUGAGGAAGGAGAACAUUUGGCGUUCCAAUAGACUACAAAAAGGACGGAAGUUUUAGGCGCUCACUGGACUAACAGAGGGCUUCUUCUGUGAAGUGGUACGCUUCAGACUGAAUCACCUGACAGAAUAUAUUCAGAGCCAGAGCUCAGCUUCUUGAAUGAAAUAUUAUAAAACCAACUCGCUGCCACUUCCAGCAGCUUAGUCAGCGGCCCUCUGGUGACAAUACGACUAAAAUUUCUUGUUGGCUUUGUUAAAAUCAGGGUAAACAAGGAACCAACACUCACAAUGUAAUGCAUUCGAUCACACGACCAGAAAAAGUAGCUGAUAAAAAAGCUUCGCCAGUAAAUCCAUGUAGCGGUGUGUUUUCCAUCGUUUGGCACAGUCUUCUUCAGCAGGUGGUAUUUGAAUACGCUGUCGUAAAUUUUGGACAUUUUCUAAAAAUCAUGUGAUCUGAUCGAAAAAUCCUCUGCAGCUGCUAAAUGGACCUGAGAUUGAUUUGUCAGUUUCAGAAAGUUUGUUUUAUACAGUUUUGGUUCAGGGAUAUUGCAUCACAUUGAAUUAAUUUGUAACUAACUAAUUUUUAUGUUGUUUUUUUUUCAUCUAUGUCUGAAGAGAAAUGGCCUCCUUAGAUUUCCAUAAUCACUCACACUAUAUGUAUAUAUAUAUAUAUAUAUAUAUAUAUAUAU